UCUUUAAUAAGAAAUCUAAAAAGCUCCCUCAUGCUCUCCUCCUCCUCCUCCGGGGCCGCAGAUCUCAGUUCCAUGCGAUCCAAGAGACCAGAUGGAGAUCAUUCUAAAGAUGCCAUCCAUGGCAUCUCCUCGAAGAUAUCUCAGGUCAAGAAGGAAACCCAGGCCUCCAGAUUGAUCUUCAUUAGAGAAAGAGUUGAGAAGAAUCGGAUGGAGUUGGAGGAGCAUUCUAAAUCAAUGUUUGAGUUGGCGAAGGGUAGGGGUUCGGAUGGAUCGGAGCAUGGAAACUUGCUCUCUGUGAGGAUGGGGAGCCCUCUGGGCAAGUUUGGGGUCUUGGACUCUUGGGAGAGAGAGGGUGUCAACGUUCAAGAUGAGAAUUUGUCAUCAGGCACAGUAGUGUUUGGGAGCAAUGGAGGGAAGUGUGUUGUUCGCCUUAUUAGGCUUCCUUUUGUCGAGAAGAUUCCUCCUUAUACUACAUGGAUGUUCUUGGAUAGAAAUCAAAGAAUGGCUGAAGAUCAGUCAGUGGUUGGGAGGAGACAGAUUUAUUAUGAUGAUAAAUAUGGUAGUGAAACAUUGAUCUGUAGUGAUAGUGAAGAAGAAAUUAUCGAGCCUGAGGAAGAGAAGCAUAAGUUUUCUAAAGGAGAAGAUGAGAUAAUCUGGAAAGUUCUUCAGGAGCAUGGUGUAAACCCUCAAGCACUGAAUGUUCUCUCUCAGUCUAUUUAUGUAAACCCAUCAGAAAUCGAGAAAAGGUAUGAAACGCUUAUGAAGAAAAAUCAGGACAAAGGCAAGAGAAAUACUGAUUCUUCUGCCGAACUGGAGUCUGAUGGGAAACUAUUUCUUGACAAGACUCUUAGUUCAGCUUUGGAUUCUUUUGAUACUAUCUUUUGUCGGCGUUGUUUGGUUUUUGACUGUCGCCUACAUGGCUGUCCACAAAAUUUAAUCCUUCCUAAUGAAAAAUUGUCUUCGGUAUUUGAACCAGAGGAAUUAAGAACGCCAUGCGGAGAUAACUGCUACCUUAAGAGAAUAGCUGAUGCUGAAGGUCUGUCUCAUGGCAUCUCAAACACUGGCAACCCGAAUGAGAUUGAAUCUAUGAAUUUGAUGGAGAAACUUGAUACUACACGGUUAGAUUCAGAGGAUUCAACUCCUGAUGAUGAUAGUAAGGACUCGACAGAACCUGAAGGAAUGUCCAUUGAUGGAAUCACUACCACUCUGCAAUUUGCUCGGCGAAAUAAAGCUAAGAGAAAAGUUUCGAAGAAUGAAAAUACGGCAGCAGAGAACAGCCAGUCUACUGUUGAAAAAUGUGUUGGUACUAUUGAUAAAAAGCAGAAGAUACUAUCUGGGGAAGAUACUUUUAAGAAUGCUGAUUCUGGAGACACAGAUAAUUUCCCCAAUAAAACCUUGGACAGUGUAAUGGAAUAUGAUAGGAUGGAGAAAAUUUCAUCCAGUUCUGACCUGGGACAAACUUCCCAAAAUUGGAAUGCUCUUGAGAAAGAUCUUUACUUAAAGGGUGUAGAAAUAUUUGGGAAGAACAGUUGUCUUAUCGCGAGAAAUUUACUUUCGGGUCUGAAGACUUGUGCGGAGGUAUCAAAUUAUAUGUUUGAAGACAAGGGUGCCAUACCAAGCAGGCCAUUAUUCUCAAAUUCGACCAUGGAAGACAGUGAGAAGGUUGAUGGUGAUUAUCUGGAACAGGAGAUGCCUAGAACUCGUAUAUGGCGGCGGAGGGGCAAAGCAAGAAAGCUAAAGUAUACCUGGAAAUCUGCGGGACACCCAUCUGUGCGCAAAAGAAUUGCUGAUGGAAAGCAGGAGCUCUGCACGCAAUAUAAUCCAUGCGGUUGCCUGCAAAUGUGUGGGAAACAAUGCCCUUGUAUGCAGGAUGGAACAUGCUGCGAGAAGUACUGUGGGUGCUCAAAAAGCUGCAAGAACCGGUUCAGAGGAUGUCACUGUGCCAAGAGUCAAUGUAGAAGCCGACAGUGCCCUUGUUUUGCAGCUGGCCGUGAAUGUGAUCCAGACGUCUGUCGAAAUUGUUGGGUCAGCUGUGGAGAUGGCUCAUUAGGCGAACCUCCAGCAAGAGGAGAUGGUUACCAAUGUGGCAACAUGAAACUUCUUUUGAAGCAACAACAAAGAAUAUUGUUGGGGAGGUCUGAUGUUGCUGGAUGGGGAGCCUUCAUAAAGAACCCAGUUAAUAAGAAUGAUUAUCUUGGAGAAUACACUGGAGAAUUAAUUUCACAUAAAGAAGCCGACAAGCGUGGGAAGAUAUAUGACCGUGCGAAUUCAUCCUUCCUUUUUGAUCUGAAUGAUCAGUAUGUUCUUGAUGCUUAUCGUAAGGGUGACAAGCUGAAAUUCGCAAAUCAUUCGUCAAACCCCAAUUGUUAUGCUAAGGUCAUGCUUGUGGCGGGAGAUCAUCGGGUUGGAAUUUUUGCUAAAGAACACAUUGAAGCCAGUGAAGAACUUUUCUAUGAUUAUCGUUACGGACCAGACCAAGCACCUGCAUGGGCGCGAAAACCAGAGGGAUCGAAAAAAGAUGAUCCAUCAGUCUCUCAUGGUAGAGCUCAGAAGGUUGCUUGAAACCAAAUAAAGUGCCACCUUUCCUGUGAUGUGAAUAUUAUUGAGGGGAAUAAUUUUGGUUGAAUAAAAUCCACAUUCCAUGUAAUAUAUGCAUUGUUCUAUAAAUUAAGAAAGAAUUAGUUUGUACUUUUCAUUUAUGUAUGAUCAGGCAAACUCAAUUCGUAAGUUUGAAUAAAGUGGGAAGUUUAUGUUUA